CUCCCGCUCCCCGCCGCCCCGUGGACAACGCCUCGCCCGCCCGCUCGCCCGCCUAUGGCUGGGAAGGUUCUGUCGCUGCUGCCGCCGUUGCUGCUGGCCGUGGCAGGCCUCGCGGGGCUCCUGCUGCUAUACGUCCCCACCCGCGACGUCCGGGAGCUGCCCGCCCUCAAGUAUGGCAUUGUCCUGGACGCUGGCUCUUCCCACACAUCCAUGUUUAUCUACAAGUGGCCCGCAGACAAGGAGAAUGACACGGGCAUCGUGGGCCAGCACAGCUCCUGUGACGUGCGCGGAGGGGGCAUCUCCAGCUAUGCAGACAACCCUUCCAGGGCUGGCCAGAGUCUUGUUGAAUGCUUGGACCAGGCACUUCAGGACGUGCCCAAAGAGAGACACGUGGGCACACCCCUCUACCUGGGAGCCACAGCAGGCAUGCGCCUGCUCAACCUGACCAGUCCAGAGGCCUCGGCCAAUGUGCUUGCGGCUGUGACCCAGACGCUGACCCAGUAUCCCUUUGAUUUCCGUGGUGCCCACAUCCUCUCGGGCCAGGACGAGGGGGUGUUUGGUUGGGUGACCGCCAACUACCUGCUGGAGAACUUCAUCAAGUAUGGCUGGGUGGGCCGGUGGUUCCGGCCAAGGAAGGGGACGCUGGGGGCCAUGGACCUGGGGGGCGCCUCCACUCAGAUCACCUUCGAGACGGCCAGCCCAGCUGAGGAUCCAGCCAAUGAGGUCCAGCUUCGGCUCUAUGGCCAGCACUACCGGGUCUACACACACAGCUUCCUCUGCUAUGGCCGUGACCAGGUCCUCCGGAGGCUGCUGGCUGGUGCACUGCAGACCCAUGGCUUCCAUCCUUGCUGGCCAAGGGGCUAUUCCACCCAAGUGCUGCUUCAGGAUGUGUAUGAGUCUCCAUGCACUGCGGCCCAGCGGCCCCAGGCCUUCAACAACAGCACCAGGGUCAGCUUGUCCGGGACUAGCAACCCUGCCCUCUGCCGUAGCCUCAUCAUGGGACUCUUCAAUUUCUCCUCCUGCCGCUUCUCCCGAUGUUCCUUCAAUGGCAUCUUCCAGCCCCCUGUGGCUGGGAACUUCAUUGCCUUCUCUGCCUUCUUCUACACCAUGAACUUCCUGCGGACGGUGAUGGGGCUGCCUGUGGCAACCUUGCAGCAGCUGGAGGCAGCUGUGGUCACGGUCUGCAACCAGACAUGGAGUGAGCUACAGUCUCGGGCCCCGGGGGAGCGGGCCCGCCUGCCCGACUACUGCGCGGGGGCUAUGUUCGUGCAGCAGCUGCUGAGCCGCGGCUACGGCUUCCACGAGCGCGCCUUCGGAGGGGUGACCUUCCAGAAAAAGGUGGGAGCCGGCGGUCCGGGGGCGCGGAGGGGCGGGGCCUCCCCGGGCUGCGCGGGGGGGCUGAGGCCGAGCCCCUCGCCCGCAGGCCGGGGACACCGCGGUCGGGUGGGCGCUCGGCUACAUGCUGAACCUGACCAACCUGAUCCCCGCCGAGCCGCCGGCGCUGCGCAAGGGCACAGACUUCGGCGCCUGGGUCGUCCUUGUCCUGCUCUGCGCCGCCAUGCUUCUGGCCGCGUUCGUUCUGCUGCUGCGCCAGGCGCGCUCGGCCAAGUCGUCGGGCGCCAUCUAGGGGCGAGCUGGGGACGGCUGCCCCCGCCGCGUCUCCCAGCGCCCCCCCGCCCCCGCCCCGCACCGCUGCCCGGACCGAGACGCGGACGCUGGCGCGCACGCCCACGGGGGGGCCGAGCUGCGCGAAGGGAACCGAGUCCAGGCCCUGCCUGCCGGCUCCAACAUCCUCCAGCCUCCAGGGUCUCCCGGCCCUCCUCUUCCUGGGGGUGGGGGAUUCAGACACCCCGCAGCCCUCAGCCCGUUCAGGGCUGGGUGUGUAGGGAGCGGAGUUAGGGCCCUCGGAGCACCCCCACCCUCCGGAGUCUGGGUCUGUAUGAGGGGGAGGGUCAGAGCCCACAGCGCCUACUUGUAAAAAUUUUGUAAUAAAAACUUCU